CAUGACAAUGGCGGGUCGUUGUUGUGACGAAGGGAAGAGGAAGAACGCCGUAGAGUUGGAAGAGAAAGACCAGAAGAGUAAUGCUUUAAAUAAAUGUGCAAGUUCAGCCAUUGAGCAGUUCGUCAUUCCUCAUAUGGAAGAGUCGGCACGCUGUUCACAGUUAGUUUUACGUAUUGUUAAAACCCUGACAGGAAAUCUGGUCCACAUCGAUCCUCGACUUGUUGAAUGCUUCGGUGACAACCUUGGAAAGGUGGACGCUACUUAUGUUGCCGGCGGUACUAAACUUAAAGAAUUUAUUUGCACAUUGGCACUGGACAGUGGAAAAAUUGACAAACUUUUCCAGAUUACCACAUUUGCUCGUGAUAUCAAUAUUCCAGACUUGUGUGCUAUCUGUAAAGCAAAGGAUUACAGUGCAAAGAAUGAACAACUAUCUGAUUGGACUGAGUUUUUGAAUGACCAAGGAAAUCUCAUCCCUGAAAAAUUAAAUAGACUGCUGUAUGAAGGGAUAGAAAAUGCAUUGAUGAUAUACGGGGAUGAAUUUGAAGAUGUUUCUCUUGUUGAAGCGCCCUCUGGUGUUGUGACUUUGAUAAUCAAAGAUGGAGGUCAUCGCUUGAGUGUAAAACUUGUAGUUUCAGUGUUAUGUUCUGGUUUGCCCCCAGGCGCGAGGAUGCCAGUAAGAUGGCCAAAUCAUCCUUAUGCAAAAGGGAAAAGUAAAGCUUUUAUAAAAAAAAUACAUAAAGACAUUGAUUCUGGCAUGAGAAUGUGGUGUCUUGUUGGCAAAGAAUUCUCCCCUGUCAAAGGAGUUGGGAAAGCACAUAAUGAAGAACUUACUCCAUCUUUGUGGUAUAUCUCCAUGGCAACUCUUGAACAAAGGUUUAUUGAAGGUGAAAAGGUUGAUGGGGAGGACAUGACACAAACGGAAGAAAACAAAUGCAGAGAGUUGGUAUUGAGUUUUUUUCACGUAUUGCGAGAAGGACCGGAAAGUAGCCUAAAAAUCUUAACAGACAGACACUUACAAACUCUGUUGCUAUGGGAAUGUAAUCGCCAUGGGAACUGGUCCACUGAUGUAAUUGGAGAGCGGGUUUUCAGUAUGUUGCGUCGGCUGCGAGAUGACUUAAAGCUCAAUACCUUGCCAGAUUUCUUCUAUGUUGAUCUGAACAUUUUUUCAGAUCUGAGCACUCACUUGAGAAGGGCAAUGCAUUCUGCUGUUCGACAAAUGUUGAAAAAUAUUGAGUAUGAUCCAGAGAACAUGUUUUAUUAUUUGUCUGUAACAGAGCAAUAA